CUGUCCUACGAGCUCAUUGAACGGAGCAAACAAGAUUUGAAUCCCGUGAACCCUCCUUCCUCGCCACGAACCCACUUCUGUCGGCUUCCUCUUGCCAGUGCCACCUCGUGACGGCAUCUCUCCGUUCAGGGCCAACUCGCGAUGCUCGUACGUCUGCCCAACGCCGCCGCUCCCCGCGAGCUAAUUGAACGAACCAAACCAGCAACGGGACCGAGUGCGCUGUUUCACCAAAUGGUUUGCUAGUUAUUUUGUUGUCCAAGCUUGAUAAGUUCUAUUAGGAGGGGGUAAAAGGCAUCUGCUGUUGGAGCAUUUGCUUGACUUAAGUUGAUUAUGGGUGAGGAGAAUGCAGUGGUCGAAGUUGCUGAGACAGCAACAAACGGGACUAGCCUGCCAGAGGAAAUGAAUAAAGCUGUGACCAAGGAGAAAGAAGUGAUUGAAGAAAAGGACAACUCCAAAUAUGAAAUGGAUGAAAAGGCUGAUGUGGCCGAGAAGAAAGAAAAUGAGGAUGAUGAGAAGGCAGAGAGUAAGGCAGCAAAGGGGUCAAAGAUAUUCCUAAUGUUGCAUUCAAGCUAUCAAGAAGAAAGACUGAUGACACUUUCAAACUACUUCAUACAAUUCUCUUUGGAAGGAGAGGGAAGGUUAUUCAGGUCAAGAAUAAUAUAUCUCAGUUUUCUGGUUUUACAGGCUACUUUUGGGAGUUCUUUACAAAGUGAUUUGGGUGUGAACACUGUUUGA